UUAUACAAUUAGAUGAGAGUCCUUGACAUUAUUACAACAAACAAUUUGACCUUUGCAAGCAAUCUGAAACCGUCGAAACGCGUCCUUAAUUAAAUAUCAAGCUCGCCUCAGAUGCUCUUGUACAGUGAUUCGCCGCAAGUAAAGGCCGUGACUCAGUCCUAAAAUGAAAAUUACAUAUUUGAAGACUUGGAUAUUCUGUGUAAUUAUUCUACGACAUCUUAUUGAUGGAGCAGAGGAAUACUUCAUCGCACCGUCAGCGUGGUAUUACAUUAAAUCGCUGGGACAAAACAUGGCUUUUCUCGGUGUUGUUAUGUCUGCAUUCCAAUUCAGCGCUCUCCCGUCGAGUCCCAUUGUUGGAAGCUUUUCUGAUAAAUUUGGACAUGUUAAGUGCAUCAUCGUCGUCAGUUUGUUUUUGAAGUUCACUGCUUAUGUGAUAUAUGCAAUCCCAGUCUCAGCUUAUUUUCCCUUGGCAGGCAGAUUAUUAGCUGGUCUUACCGAUGGAUCUGUAGGAGUAUUUUAUGGACAAAUAAUAUUGUACACGCCAGUGAGACACCGAGCGCAAAUCUUUAUACUGUUGGAUGGUGUAUUUACCUUGGGCAGCCUCUUUGGUCCAACAGUCAGCGUUUUCUUAACAUUUAAUGUCAAUAUCCUUGGCUGGAAGAUUGACGCUGGUAAUUCUCCAGGGAUUGUACUUGCAGUGUUAUGGUUUGGAAUAUUCCUAAUUUCGUUGUGGUUUCCUAGAGAUUUUGGAACAAGGAAAGUGGUAGAUUGCGAAGACGAUGGCAAUGAUAAUGCUCCUGCGACUCAGGAUUUUAGUAGACAAUCGAAAUGCGGUUCGCACUCUGCAAUCUGUUUGAUGUUUUACCUAAUUUUUUUGAGCUUUUUUUACUCGAAUAUUGCGACUGUUUACGUUCCCUUACUUGCACAAGAACACUUCCACCUUCAGUUUAUUCACGUGAAGUUGCUAUUCCUCGCAAGUUCUUUGUUUUCCAUGGUUUUAUUCAUCGUUUUCUAUCUUGCUGCGAAAUAUUACGAUGAAGCCCAGCUGUUAAUUUCUUCGAUGCUGAUGCAGGUGUUCGGAAUAGCGCUUUUAACAGGCAUUGGUUUUAGCUGGGACAGUUCGUUAGGUGUAUACGGCGGUUAUAUUCUCCUUCUUUACAUAUGUCUUGGAAUGCAAUUUUUUGCAUUUUCGUUUUGUUGCCCGCUCUUGUCUAAAAUUACACAUUCAAAACAUGCAGCUUUUUAUCAAUCUUCUUCAAUUUCCGCACUUCACUUAGGAUAUCUGACAGGGCGUCUUAUCUCCUCGUUCAUCUUCACCAAAACAUCACUUUUAUACUUUUGUUUAGUCCAGUUUUUAAGCUGGGCCUUUGGUGCUGUCUGGUUUGCUUUGGAGUAUCCGAACUUACGUGGAUUAAGGACGGAAUGAACCAGACGUAUGUGCAAAGAUUUAAGGUCCUUUUCUUGCAACUUGCAUUACAAUUAUAAUUUUUAGGGUAGUUAAUUUGUAAAGAGUGUUCGAAAUGCUAACAAAACGUUAGCUUAUCGUAAGAGAUGUUCGUAUUUGACAACUUUAGAUGCUUUGGGAGUAAAAUUUCAAUGCAAGUUACAAGGAAAGUUGCAUGGUGUAGUACCCACUUUAUUGGUGUACAGUUUGCGUACGUGUAAAAUUUAACAAUGUAAUAUAUUGCUAUGUGAAUAUUUCUUCUCAUAACUGAACUCGGUAUGUUUUCCUCAUGAUUGUUCUGAGAUUAAAAACGUGAACAGAAUUUUAAUAACUGUCUGACAAGCCUUACAGAUAUAAAACUUGCGCUUAAAUCUUUACUACUUUUAAAUGUUCGAAAUUACCGAAAGGCAGUGUUUCCUUCUGAUCUCUAAUGAAACUUUAUUUCAAGAGGGUAUUUUCUACAUUAUUUAUUUUACAGUUUGACACGUAUUCUACCUAAUGGCCCUCUUUAGUGUUCUCUCGAAAGAAUUAAGAUUGGUAGGAAACACAUCGACAAAUGACCACGUGCUUGCAAGCAAUGCAGCUAAACUUUUUGA